ACCCCGCCUACUUAUGGAGAAUCCGCCGUGCUGAUUGGACAAUGGCGGCGGUCUUCGAACGCCUUCUCGGCUUCUCAUUGGCCAGCCGCUGCCUUUCGCUUCAGGCUCUCGCGGGGCUGCUGUGCGAAGAUGGCGGCCGAACUGGUAGAAGCGAUGAACAUGGUGAAGAGUUUCCGUGUGUCUGAUCUGCAGACGCUGUUGGCCUCAAUGGGCCGCAGUAAAAGCGGGUUGAAGCAGGAUUUAGUGGGAAGAGCUCUUAGGCUUGUGCAGACAGAAUACAGUCCGGAGCUGCUAAAGAAUGUUCGACAGCUCUAUGAGACGCGCUUCCCCAAAUCCUCGGCCUGGCUGGCGGCCAGGCGGCCUGAGUCUGUGCCCGUAAACUAUCCUGCCCUUAACUCCUCGCCCAGAGGCACGGCCCAGGGCACAGACUACCUCAACGGCAUCCCCAAACCGGCGGCGCCUCCUGCAGCAGAAGUCAAAUUGGUGCCCCUGCCAUUCUACCACAACCUAGAAACACUGCUGCCACCCACAGAACUAAUCGCUCAGAACAGCGAGAAGCUGCAAGAAAGUCAAUGCGUUUUUGAAUUAACACCAGGUCAAGUGGAACAGAUCCGGAACUCCAGUGAACUUCGCCCAGGAAUGAAAUCAGUUCAAGUGGUUCUCAGAAUCUGCUACACAGACUCUAUCGGUGUUCAGGAGGACCAAUAUCCUCCCAAUAUUGCUGUGAAAGUGAAUCAGUCCUACUGUCAUGUGCCGGGUUACUAUCCCUCCAAUAAACCGGGUGUUGAGCCACGUCGGCCCUGUCGACCCGUCAACAUCACGCCAUGGUUACACCUCUCCACAGUCACUAACAGAGUCACCAUCACAUGGGGCAACUUUGGAAAGCGGUACUCGGUGGCUGUGUACCUGGUGAGGGUGUUCACAUCUGGAGAGCUCUUCAACCAGCUGAAGCAUUGCUCAGUCGAGAGUCCUGAUCGUUGUCGUGAACGCAUUCAAGACAAGCUACGUUUUGAUCCUGAAAGUGAGAUCGCCACUACAGGACUGCGAGUGUCCCUCAUCUGUCCUCUGGUAAAGAUGAGACUUGGAGUGCCAUGUCGAGUGCUCACCUGCGCCCACCUGCAGUGUUUUGACGCUGUCUUUUUCCUGCAAAUGAAUGAAAAGAAACCCACGUGGACCUGUCCCGUAUGUGACAAACCUGCGCCCUUUGAGCUUCUAACUAUUGAUGGGUUGCUGUCCGAGAUCCUUAAAGAGACGCCGGAGGAUGUGGAGGAGAUUGAGUAUUUGACUGAUGGCUCAUGGAGGCCAAUCAGGGAUGAGAAAGAGAAGGAAAGAGAGCGGGAAAACAGCCGCACACCUGACUAUCCUGUGGUGGAUAUAUGUGUUCCUGAGGCGAACGGCCACUCCCCAGCACACAGCGGCACAAACCAGACUGGGAAGUCUGGAUCGGGUGGUGCGUCGGCAGGAACCGGUGGCACCAGCGCCGGGUCGGGAGGUGGAGUCGUGGUGGAUCUGACUCUGGAUGACUCUUCGGAGGAAGAAGGAGGGGGCGGAGCUGAGGACAGCGAGGACACGGAUGACAGCCAGGACAGCCCCGCCCCUAAAAGGGGCAGAUAUGAUUAUGACAAAGACCUGGUCACCGCGUACUGAGGCUGGCAGGACACUUAAGACUUGUUGGGGGGGGUGGGAUGUAGAUGGGAUCUGAGCCUUGGAAAUUCAAGAAACAUGUCCCCGUGUCCUCUCCCAAAUGCAUACACACAUGCACUCACACAGACAUGCACACUCAUGUGCUGCUGACCUCUGGAGCAGUCGGGCAUCACAUUGACAAACUUGUAGAUGCCUCGUAAAGCCAUUCCCAAUCAUUCACUGCAUCUUAAUACUGUAUUCUCCCUUUAAAGACCAUGGAAGAGUAACACCACCUUCAGUUCUACUCUAUCGUCCUCGACUUCCUCUCCACUUUGUGUUCUGACAGGUUUAAACAUCCUGGGCAUUUAAGAUCUUGCCAGUUUUAGUUUUAUAUGGAGCUGUUCAGGCCUUCAAAACAGUGUGAGACAAGCCACAGUAUCCUUCGGGUUGAGAUCAUCCAACCAUUUGCAACCUAUUUAGAGGCGUUUUCUGUU